CUUUAGCGGUGCGUCCAACCUCAAUAAAGUUGAUGCAUCAUAGGCAUGGACUUGCUCUGAAAAAGGUGGACUGGCUAAUUGACCAUGGCGCUCACAGGUAGGGGCUUAGGCCGGUUUCAUUUGAUUUUACUGAUGUUAUGGACUCUAUCGCAAUACUCAGCAUCCAGCCAAGUCCGUCAAGAGUUUCAGGUCCUGGAGGAGCAGCCCAUCGGCACCUACGUGGGGACGAUAGAGACCAAGCCCAGUUUCACUUACCGCUUCAGCGAGAACCACAAACUUUUUGCAAUUAACGGCACCACGGGAGUCAUUUACACCUCGUCGGUGAUUGACAGAGAGGUUUUACAAAGUGAUGUCAUCAACGUGGUGGUGCUCUCCAGCCAGCCCACCUAUCCCACCGAGGUGAGGAUUGUGGUUUUGGAUAUAAAUGAUAAUUCCCCUGUGUUUCCAGACACGUCGAUCGUGGUGUCCUUUAAAGAGGACGCCAGUAGCGGCAGACAAGUGAUUCUGGACACUGCAACAGAUUCAGACAUAGGAAGUAACGGAGUUGAUCACACCACCUACAGAAUAGUGAACGGCAACGAGCAGAGGAAAUUCCGCUUGGAUAUUACAGUCAAUCCUAGUGGAGAGGGGGCAUUCUUGCACCUUGUUUCAACUGGAGGCUUGGACAGGGAAGUGACUCCCUUUUACCAGCUCCUGAUUGAGGUAGAGGACAAAGGCGACCCGAAAAAGUUUGGCUACCUGCAAGUAAAUGUCACUAUUCAAGACAUAAAUGACAACCCGCCUGUUUUUGAUCAAGACCAGUAUCAGACAAGUGUUUUUGAGGAUGCAGCCGUGGGCUCUAGUGUGUUACAAAUUACAGCAUCAGAUCAAGAUGAGGGAGCCAAUGCAGAUAUAAGGUACUUUCUAGAUGAGGGAACACCUUUCCAAAUUGACCCUAAAGCAGGUACUAUUAUUAUAAAAGAGGGUUUGGAUUAUGAGAGCAAGAAAGAGUACUCCUUGACUAUUCAUGCAGUGGAUAAUGGGGUUCCCUCUCUGUCAGGCAGGACAGAGGCCACAAUCAAACUUUUGGAUGUGAAUGAUAAUGACCCCGUUGUGAAAUUCCGCUAUUUUCCCACGACAUCUAAAUUUGCCUCCGUUGAUGAAAAUGCCCAGAUUGGCACGGUUGUGGCUUUGCUCACCGUCUCUGAUGCAGACUCCCCCACAGCUAAUGGCAACAUAUCUGUCUCGAUCUUAGGAGGCAACGAGCAGAGACACUUUGAAGUGCACACAUCUCCUGUCCCUAAUUUAAGUCUGAUCAAAGUGGCCAGUGUUUUAGACAGAGAGCGAAUUUCCUCAUACAACCUGACUGUGUCUGUGUCGGACAAUGGCAAGCCUAUGGCCAGGUCCUCCUUUGCCAGCCUGGUUAUUUUUGUGAAUGAUAUCAAUGAUCACCCGCCCAUAUUCCAGGAAGCACUGUAUAGAGUAGAUAUCAGUGAAGACAUACCAAAAGGCAGCUACAUUAAAGGGGUCUCUGCAACAGAUGGCGACUCUGGGCAGAAUGCCAACCUGCGCUACUCCCUGGUGUCUGGAAACGCUUUGGGCUGGUUCUCCAUCAGUGAAAACAGUGGUCUGGUUACCAGCGCCGCUUUGCUGGAUAGGGAAAUAGCAUCUGAAAUUGUGCUCAAUAUUAGUGCCAAAGACCAGGGGCUACAGCCCAAAAUCUCUUACACUAAAUUGAUAGUCAACAUCACUGAUGUGAAUGACCAAGUGCCCACAUUUACACAGAGCACGUAUCACAUUUCCCUCGUGGAGCACAGCCCUGCCGGCAGUGAGCUGGUUGUGCUGUCUGCCUCAGAUGAUGACCUUGGGGCCAAUGGAACUAUCCGGUUCUCAUUUGAUGCGGAGACUCCAGCCAGCGUCCAGGAGCUGUUUCGCCUGGAUGCCGUGUCAGGUCGAUUAAGCACAGCCGCAGAGCUAGACAGGGAGGACCAGGCCUCCUACUUACUGUACAUCAAGGCAGCAGACUCAGGCAGCCCCCCUCUGCACUCUGUUGGAAAAGUCAACAUUACCCUGAGGGAUAUCAAUGACAAUAGGCCAGUUUUCUACCCGGUGCAGUACUUUGCCAAUGUGAAAGAGAAUGAGCCGUCGGGCUCUUAUGUAACCACUGUGUCAGCCACAGAUCCUGAUUUGGGUCGGAAUGGUACAGUCAAAUAUAUAAUUACUGCUGGAGACACGUCCAAAUUCCACAUUAAUAGCAACACAGGGAAAAUUACCACAGUCGUGCCCCUGGAUAGAGAGGAGAAGACUGCCUACCAGCUGCAGGUGACAGCGGCAGAUGGCAGUGGCCUCCGGUCACACACUCAGGCCAUUGUGACUGUAACUGUCAUAGAUACACAGGAUAACCCGCCUACCUUUAGCCAGAAAGUCUACAGUUUUGUCAUGUUUGAAAAUGUUGGCAUCGGGACAGUUAUAGGGACUGUAUCUGCCACAACUGUUGAUUUGAACACAAACAUUACAUAUUUAAUCACCUCGGGGGACCAGAUGGGAGUUUUUGCUGUAAAUAACGCAGGCCAGAUUACAGCGUCCAGUCAAAUAGAUAGAGAGGAGGAGAGUUUUUAUCAGCUAAAGCUUGUAGCAAGGGGUGGGGAGGUCACAGGUGAGGCGCUUGUUAACAUCACUGUGAAGGACUUAAAUGAUAACGCCCCUCAUUUUAUCCAUGCUGUGGAGCAUGUCAGUGCAGUGGAAAACUGGAGCACAGGGCACGUCAUAUUCCAGGCCAAAGCUUCGGACCCUGAUGAGGGCACUAAUGGCAUGGUGGUCUACAGCCUCAAACAAAACCCCAAAGGUCUUUUCCACAUUCAUGAGAAGCAUGGCCUCAUCACUUUGACUGGGCCACUGGAGGUCACCACCAGCUCCUAUCAGGUGGAGGUCAUAGCCUCAGAUAUGGGGGUGCCCCAGCGCACCUCCAGCCUCAUUCUCACAGUCAGCGUGUAUGACGUCAACGACAACUCCCCCGUGUUUGACCAGCUUUCAUAUGAGGUCAUCAUCCUGGAGUCUGAGCCUGUCAACAGCCGCUUUUUCAAAGUGGAGGCCACCGACAAAGACUCUGGCCUGAACGGAGAGAUUAUGUACAACAUUGUUGGUGGCAACACAGGUGACGUGUUUGGGAUUUUUCCAGACGGGCAACUGUACAUCAAAUCAGAGCUGGACAGAGAGAUACAGGACAGAUAUAACUUAGUGGUUGUGGCCACAGACAGGGCAGUGGAGCCCCUAAGUGCCAGCGUCAAUGUCAGUGUAAUUCUAGAUGACGUAAACGACAACCGUCCCCUUUUUAACAGCACCAAUUAUGUGUUCCACUUUGAGGAAGAGCAGAAGAGAGGGUCACUAGUUGGGCGGGUUUUCGCAGAGGAUAAGGACUUUGGCCCAAACAGUGAGGUCAGAUAUACAUUUGAGACUCCACAGCCCAACUUUGAGUUGAACGCCAUCACAGGGGAGUUGACCAGCACUCUGCAGUUGGACCGCGAGUCACUCAUGAGACAAAGAGGCGCCGCUGUGUUCAGCUUCAUGGUCGUCUCAUCAGACCAGGGUCUCCCCAAACCCCUCAGAGACCAGGCGAAAGUGCAAGUUUACAUUCAAGACAUCAAUGACAACCCACCCAAAUUCACCAAAGACAUUUACCAGGCCUCCAUCUCAGAGUCAGCCCAGAACAUGACACAGCUGCUGCGGGUCUCUGCCUCCGAUGUGGAUGAGAACAAAAAUGGACUGGUCCGCUACCACAUAACUGAAGGCAAUGAGGAGGGUCAGUUUACCAUUGACAGCAGCUCGGGACAGGUCACUCUAGUUGGAAAGCUGGACUAUGAAUCCACAUCCUCCUAUUCACUGAAAAUCAUAGCUGUUGAUGCUGGAACAGUGCCCCUAUCCUCCUCUUGCAUGCUUAGCAUUAGCAUUCUGGAUGAGAAUGACAACUCCCCCUCCUUCCCCAAGUCGUCACUGUCUGUGGAUGUUCUGGAGAACAUGAGGAUAGGGGAGUUAGUGGCCUCUGUGACCGCCACUGACGCAGAUUCUGGUCAGAAUGCCGACAUAACUUACAGCAUCACGGCCACAAACAACCACGGCACUUUCAGCAUCAGCCCCAACACUGGCAGCAUCUUUUUAGUUAAAAAACUGGACUUUGAAACGCAGUCAUUUUACAAACUCAACAUCACUGCAAAAGACAACGGUAGACCACCCCGCUCCUCAUCCAUUCCUGUGGUAAUACAUGUCAGAGAUUUUAAUGACAACCCUCCCAUAUUUACCCCGGGUGACAUCUUCAAAUCGAUCCCCGAAAAUAUUCCCAUCUCAGCCUCAGUCAUGACAAUUACAGCUCAUGACACAGAUGCAGACAUAAACGGCCAGCUGGAAUACUCCAUUGUUCAGCAGAUUCCCAGAGGAGGUCAUUUCAGCAUUGACCCGAGCACUGGGCUCAUAUACACAAACAAGGAGAUAGACAGGGAGUUUUCCAAUCUGUUCGAACUGACAAUCAAAGCCACCGACCAGGCCGUCCCUGUUGAAUUCCGGCGCUUUGCCCUGAAGAAUGUCACAAUAUGGGUGACGGACCAGAAUGAUAAUGUCCCCACUUUUAUAUCCCAGAAUGCUCUCGUGGCUGAGCCCAACAUAGUCAUCGGCUCCAUCCUUACAACGGUGGUGGCCUUUGACCCUGAUGAGGGCGCUAACGGGGAAGUGGAGUACGAGCUGGUGAAAGGGGACUCUGACACGUUCAUCAUGGACCGCUACAGCGGGGAUAUUCGUUUGGCGUCCCAGCUCGUACCGUCCAGGCUCAUUUACACCCUCACAGUGUCGGCCACUGACCACGGCACCGACCGCAAGGCCUCCAGGACCGAGCUGACCAUCAUCCUCCAAGGGGUAGAUGGGCCUGUUUUCUCCCAGCCCAAAUACAUCACCAUCCUGAAAGAGGGCCAGCCUCCGGGCACCAAUGUCAUCUCACUGGAUGCUUCAAGCCCGAGGGGCUCGGGGACCAAAGUGGAGUUUUUCAUUGUGGCGGUGCGCAGCGGCGGCAAAGCGGUGGGACGUCUGUUCACCAUUGGCCGCCACUCCGGAGUGAUACAGACAGCCGCCGAGUUGGACCGAGAGCAGGGCUCCGACCUGUACCUGGUGGACGUGUACGCCAUCGAGACGGACGCCACCCAGCCCAGGACGCAGCGUGCCGAGGUGGAGAUCACCCUGCAGGACGUCAACGACAACCCACCUGUUUUCCCCAAUGAUAUCCUGGACGUGACCAUCGAGGAGAACAUCGGAGAUGGCUUCAAGAUAAUGCAGCUAACAGCCACGGACGCAGACGAGGGUCCCAAUGCUCUUGUGACGUACACCAUCAUCAGUGGGGCGGACGACAGUUUCCGGAUUGACCCUGAAUCCGGUGAUCUGAUCGCCACCAAGAAGCUGGACCGGGAGCGCCGUUCCAAAUAUUCCCUGCUGGUGCGCGCCGACGACGGAAAGCAGUCGUCCGACAUGAGGCUGAACAUCACCGUGAGCGACGUCAACGACCACACGCCCAAGUUCUCACGAGGAACGUACUCCUUUGACAUCCCCGAAGACACGGCACCAGGCUCCAUCGUGGCGGCAAUCCUGGCCAGCGAUUCAGACUCGGGGGCCAACGGAGAAAUCACCUACUCCCUGGAGGAGGACGAUGAGGACGAGACGUUCCUCCUCAACCCGGUAACGGGGGUUUUCAACGUGACCAGAGCGCUGGACUACGAGACUCAGCAGUACUAUAUUCUGACGGCCAAAGCCCAGGACGGCGGAGGGCAGGCCAGCACGGUCAGGGUGUACUUCAACGUGUUGGACAUGAACGACAACCCGCCCGUCUUCAACAGCACCGCGUACAGCACCUCCAUCUCCGAGAGUCUGCCGCCGGGCUCCAGCAUCAUCGCUGUCGGGGCCAGUGAUGCUGAUGAUGGUCCAAACGCCCAGCUCCUCUACAGCAUUGCGUCCGGUGAUCCCCAGGGCCACUUUGACAUCACCAAGGAAGGCGUCCUGCAGACCAAGAAGGCCUUGGACAGAGAAACGCAGUCCUUCUACAACCUGGUGGUCACAGUCCACGACCUGGCUCCGCCUCCCAUGACCCGCUUCACCAGCACCGCCCAGGUGUCAAUCAUUCUCCUGGACGUCAAUGACUGCCCGCCGUCUUUCACCUCCCAGAAGAUGACCUACAUCCAGGAGAACACGCCGGUGGACACGGUCGUGUUCACGGCCCAGGCUUCGGACGCCGACAGCGGGCCCAACAGCUACGUCGAGUACUCGCUCAGGGGACCCUUUGGCAAUAAGUUCAGCAUCGGCACAAUCGACGGAGAUGUCAAGCUGGUUGGGGAGCUUGACCGAGAGGAGCUUUCAAACUACACCCUGACAGUUGUGGCCACAGAUAAAGGCGAGCCUCCUCUGUCCUCGACGAUGGACGUAACCAUGAUCGUUCUGGACGUCAACGACAACACGCCCAGCUUCUCGCAGAAUAUCUACGACAUCGAGAUCGAGGAGAACACCUUGACGGGCACAGACGUCAUCCAGGUGUUUGCCAGUGAUGCCGACGAAGGCACUAACGGGCAGAUCCGAUUCUCUAUUGCAGGGGGCAACACCAAUUCCGAUUUCAGGAUUGAUUCGGUCACAGGGGUCAUUUCUGUGGCCAAGCAGUUGGACCGUGAGACGCGGUCUUCCUAUUCAUUGGUGGUCCAAGCUGCCGACCGUGGCAGCAGCCCCAGGGUCGACUCUGCAACCGUCAACAUUGUGCUGUUGGACAUCAACGACUGCCCACCCGUGUUCGAGCUCUCCCCUUACACCGUGAACGUUCAGGAGAAUCUCGAGAACCUACCGAAAAACAUUCUGCAGGUCGUUGCCAGAGACGACGACCAGGGUGCCAACGGUCAGCUGAGCUACAUGCUGAGCGGGGGCAACAACGAGGGGGCGUUCAGCCUGUCGUCCAGCGGGCAGCUCAGCCUGAUGCAGACGCUGGACCGCGAGGUGCAGGACAAAUUCAUCCUGCUGAUCACAGCCACCGACUCAGGGUCUCCAUCUCUGAGCGGGACGGGGACGGUGACGGUCCUGGUGGACGACGUGAACGACAACGUCCCGGUUUUCACCUCCUCCUCCUUCCACACCACCAUCACGGAGGACGCGCCGACCGGCACCGACGUGCUGCUGGUCAACAGCUCGGACGCAGACGUGGGAGUCAACGGCGUCAUAAGCUACAGCUUGACCGGAGGACAUGGCCAGUUCUCUAUCAACCCAGCGACAGGCCAGAUUAUCACCAGCUCCCUGCUGGACCGGGAGGACAGGGCCAAUUACCAGCUGCUGGUUGUGGCAACAGAUGGAGGGCAGCCCCAGGGCUUGUCCAGCUCUGCCACCGUGUCCGUGACGGUGGCCGACAUCAACGACAACCCACCGCGCUUCCACCAUCAUCCCUACGUCACCCACAUCCCUGCGUCCACCUCAGCAGGCUCCUUGGUCUUUGCUGUUACUGUGACUGAUGAGGACUCGGGUUCCAACGCUCAGCUACACUACUCCCUAAUGGGACGCAACUCGGAGAAGUUCAAGAUCGACCCUGUCAGAGGUGCCAUUACUGCCAAUGAGAGGCUGACAGGAAGCUCAGAGGUCACCCUCACUGUUCGAGUGAAAGACGGCGGAGCCAAUCCCAAAACGGAUACAACCACUGUGACUGUGCGCUUCGUUACCGGAGGAGAUUUCCCUCUUAUCAAACUCAGGGAGCGUACAUUCACGUUCCCCGAGAGCCAGCCCACAAACACUAUUGUUACCACGGUAACUGGAUCUUCAACGAGAGGUGGGCCGCUGUCAUACUAUAUUGCCAGUGGCAACCUGGAUAAUGCCUUUCAUAUUGACCAGCUGACUGGCGAGCUUUCCAUCAAACAUCCCCUGGAUUAUGAAUACAUUCAGAAGUAUGUGCUCUGGAUUGAGGCCAGGGACCAGGGUUUCCCGCCGUAUUCUUCUUAUGAGAAAGUGGAAAUAACCGUGCUGGAUGUAAACGACAAUCACCCUGUGUUUGACAAGGAGCCGUUCCACGCUGAAAUACUGGAGAACCUGUCUCCUCAGUGGGUGCUGAUGGUUUCUGCCGUCGAUCAGGACAGUGGACCUAAUGGACUGCUGGAAUACGCCAUCAUUGAUGGCAACAAAGAGAACAGUUUUAGUGUCAAUCGGGCCACCGGAGAAAUCCGAACCACCCGGCCGCUGGACCGGGAGAAAGUGGCUCAGUACACACUGAAAGUCAAAGCUACUGACCGGGGCUCGCCACCCAAAAGCACAGCUGUUAAAGUCCUAAUCAACGUACUGGACGUGAAUGACAACGCCCCGAGGUUUUCCAAGAUCUUUAGUGCUUCUGUGCCUGAGAAUGCUCCUGUGGGUUACACUGUCACUAGAGUCACCACUACAGAUGAGGACGCUGGUGCUAAUGCUGUUAGCCGAUAUUCAAUCACAGAUACUAGUCUUCCAUUCAAUAUCAAUCCAAACACAGGAGACAUAACAAUCAGCAGACCUCUAAAUAGAGAAGACACUGACCAUUACAUUGCUAAGGUGUCCGCCCAUGAUUCUGGUUGGACAGUAAGCACAGAUGUCACAAUAUUCAUAACAGAUAUUAACGAUAACGCCCCCAGGUUUAGUCGGCCAUCUUAUUAUCUGGACUACCCUGAACUCACAGAGUUGGGCUCCCUGGUCACUCAGGUGUCUGCCACAGAUCCAGAUGAGGGCUUUAAUGGCAAAAUAUUCUAUUUUAUUCGGUCCCAGUCAGAGUAUUUCCGAAUCAACUCAAGUUCUGGAGAGAUAUUUGUGAAGCAGCAGUUAAAAUAUCAGAACUCAACAGGCGCCAGUAGCAUCAACAUCAAUCGCCACAGCUUUAUUGUCACAGCCUCAGACAGGGGAAUUAAGCCGCUGAUGAGUGAGACUACUGUAAUUGUAAACAUUGUGGACAGUAAUGAUAAUCCUCCCAAAUUUGAUUCACCGAGCUACUUCACUCCUGUCACGAAAAGCGUCAAAGUUGGCACCAAACUUAUCAGAGUGGUAGCCCAUGACAAGAAAGAUUUUGGCCUGAACUCUGAGGUUGAGUACCUAAUAUCUGGGGGAAACAGCUCUAACAAAUUCAAACUGGAUAAACAGAGUGGGUGGGUUACUGUUGCCUCCUCUCUGACGUCCGAUAUGAAUAAAGUGUUCCUCAUUGACAUCACAGCCAGGGACAAAGGGAAUCCUCCUUUGUCAGCGAGAACCUCAGUGCGAGUGGCGGUGACAGAAGAAAACCACCACACACCUGAGUUCUCCCAAAGCCAAAUCACAGCUACAGUGCCUGAAAGCCUCGCAGUGGGAACAGCAAUAAGGACUCUGUCUGCGAGAGACAAGGAUAAAGAAAUGAAUGGACUUAUCACAUACAAUAUAACUUCAGGCAAUGAUAAGGGUCUGUUUGUGGUAAAUAGUAAAACUGGUGUAUUAUCCUUAGCUCAUCCUCUGGACUUUGAAGAGAAGCAACAGCAUGAGCUUAGAGUUUCAGCUACUGAUGGAGGUUGGAUUGCAAAAACCAGCUAUGUCACUGUCACAGUUCACGUGACUGACAUUAAUGAUAACCCUCCUCUGUUCGAUCCUGAUGAGUAUUUUCCCAUUGUACAGGAGAACGUUCCCAGUGGCACCACUGUGGUCAAAAUGAACGCUACAGACCGUGAUUCGGGGGCUAAUGCAGUCAUGGCCUACGUGAUACAGUCAUCAGACAGCGACCUCUUUGUUAUUGACCCAAACACAGGCAUCAUCACCACACAGGGGUUCUUGGAUUAUGAGGCUAAGCAGGUUUACCAUUUAACAGUAAAGGCCUUCAAUGUCCCAGAUGAGGAGCGCUGCAGCUUUGCCAAUGUCAACAUUCAGCUGAAGGGAGCCAAUGAAUACGUACCUCGCUUUGUCUCCAAACAGUACUACUUUGAAAUCUCUGAAGCUGCUCCAAAAGGCACAGUGGUCGGGGAGGUGUUCGCCAGUGAUCGAGACCAAGGGGAUGAUGGAGUGGUUUACUACCUCAUUUUCGGGAAGAGCAGAAAGAAGGGCUUUGGCAUUAACAAGAAAACAGGCCAGAUUUAUGUCACAGGUACUCUUGACCGUGAAAAGGAGGAAAAAAUCUCAUUGAAGGUGUUGGCCAAGAAUGCAGGAAGCAUCCGAGGGGCGGAUAUCGAUGAGGUGUUUGUGAACAUCACAAUCCUUGACGCCAACGAUCCACCUGUUUUUACUCAAGAACUGUACGAUGUGCAGAUUAGUGAGGGUCUCUCACCUGGCGGCCUGGUUACCUUUUUGAGUGCUGAAGACUCAGACUCUGUCCCAAGUUGGAGCAGAUUCUCUUACUCCAUUUCUCCUGACUUUGAUAAAAAUGUUUUUACUAUCAACCCUCAAACUGGCCAAGUGUCUGUGGCAGCAGAGUUAGACAGAGAAACAACCCCUGUGUAUAAUCUAACAGUUCUAGCUGUGGACACUGGCUCACCCUCGGCUACGGGAAGUGCCACAUUGAUUGUCAACCUGGAAGAUAUUAAUGACAACGGUCCAACUUUGACAUCUGUCAGCGCUGAGGUAAUGGAGAACCAGAGAGCUGGGACAUCAGUUACAACUCUAACAGCCUCUGACCCGGAUCUGCCGCCCAACCAGGGCCCUUUUUCAUAUAGUCUCCUCAGUUCUGGUUCUGCCAACAGCUACUUCAGCCUCAGUCCAACUGGAGUGCUAACAACCAGUAGGGAGAUUGACAGAGAACAAAUUAGUGACUUCUACCUGUCUAUUGUGAUCAAGGACUCUGGUGUGCCUCAGAUGUCCUCCACAGGAACAAUUCACAUCAAGGUAAAUGAUCAGAACGACAACCCAUCAAAGCCGAGGUCCAUGGAAAUAUUUGUUCACUAUUUUGGGAACAUGUUUCCUGGAGGUUCUUUGGGCGUUGUGAAACCCCAGGAUCCUGAUAUUGAAGACAGGUUCCACUGCUCCCUGAUUCCUCCAUCCUCCGGACUGUUUAGUAUCCCGACUGGCACGUGCAACCUCAAUUCCAAGGCUCGCUCAACAGAUGGAACCUUUGAGCUGACCAUUCGUAGCAGCGAUGGUGUCCACGGUUCAGUCAGCAAUACGGCCCGAGUCUUUUUCAUGGGAUACACCAAUGCCACAGUGGAUAACAGUAUACUUAUCCGACUCCACUCCCAGGGAGUCAAGAGCUUCCUUACCAACCACUACCUCAGCUUCGUACGCAUUGCCAACUCACAGCUGGCAGGACUAGGCACAGGGGUCUUGCUCUACGGAGUGUUUGACCUCAACAACCAGACUUUCCUGAUGGCAGCUGUGAAGCGGGGCCACGGACAGUACGUGAACCCCAGUGGCGUGGCCACAUUUUUCCAGAGUAUCAAAGACAUUCUACACAGACAGAGUGGCGUGCAAAUAGAUGCAGUGGACCAUGAUCCUUGCACACGCAACCCGUGCCAGAAUGGAGGCAGCUGCAAAAGGCGUCUCAGUGUCGGGCCUGAUAUGAAGACUGAAGAAAGUGUCCCUGUGAUCCUUGUUUCCAACCACCCCCUGCAGCCCUACGCCUGCAGCUGCAGACCAGGAUACACAGGAGCUCUGUGUGAAACAGACAUUGAUGAGUGCCAGCCUUCGCCCUGCCACAAUGGUGGCACCUGCCACAAUCUGGUGGGGGGUUUCUCUUGCACCUGUCCUGAAGGUUUCACCGGGAUGGCCUGCGAGAGGGAUGUCAAUGAAUGCCUUUCCAACCCCUGCAAGAAUGGGGCGCUCUGCCAGAACUACCCCGGCGGCUUCAACUGCCUCUGCAAAUCCGGCUUUGCAGGCAAAACGUGUGAUUCCAUCAUCAAUCACUGUGAGUGUAACCCAUGUUUUAAUGGUGGGUCCUGUCAGAAUCGGGUGGAUGGAUAUUACUGUCAUUGUCCAUUUGGGGUUUUCGGCAAACACUGUGAACUAAACAGCUACGGUUUUGAGGAGUUGUCCUACAUGGAGUUUCCGUCUCUGGAUCCCAACAAUAACUACAUCUAUAUCAAGUUCGCGACUCUGAAGAGCAACGCGCUGCUUAUGUACAACCACGAUAACCAGACGGGAGACAAAGCGGAGUUCCUGGCUCUGGAGAUCUUUGAGGGACGGAUGCGUUUCUCGUUUAACUUGGGAAGUGGGACUUACAAACUGAUGACCAUGAUAAAAGUUUCAGAUGGGCAGUUCCACACGGUCAUUGCCAGAAGAGCUGGAAUGGCUGCAUCCCUGACUGUGGACCUGUGCGGUGAUGACCAGGAACCGGGCUACUGUGCUGUUAGCAACGUGGCAGUACACACUGACUGGAUCCUGGACGUGCAGCCCAACAGGCUCUCGGUGGGAGGCGUCAGGUCAAUAGAGCCCGUCCUUCAUCGGCGUGGCCAGGUCGCCACCCACGACUUCAUCGGCUGCAUCAUGGAGUUCGCCGUCAACGGCCGCCCGCUGGAGCCCAGUCAGGCGCUGGCAUCGCGUGGCAUCCUUGACAGGUGUCCGAGACUGGAAGGAGCCUGCACCGCCAGCCCCUGCAGACACGGGGGCACCUGCUUGGACCACUGGUCCUGGCAGCAGUGCCAGUGUGUGGACGGCUUCACCGGCAAAUACUGUGAGAAAUACAUCACAGCAGACACGGCCCUCUCCCUGGAUGGCACCGGCCGCCUGGACUACUCCCUGAGGCAGGGCCCGAAAUGGGACGUCCUGCUGAGACAGUCCCUGCAGGGCGUGACCUCUGACCCCGCCAGCGCCAGCAGCCUGGAGGUCAAGUUCAGGACCCGCAGCAAGAGCGGCACUCUGCUGCACGUGCAGGAGAGCAGCAACUACACCACGGUCAAGCUGAAGAACGGCAACAUCCACUACAUCUCGGAUGCGGGCGUUGGGGGGAAGGUGGAGCGGACCGUGGGCGAGGCGGUGCUGUCGGACGGGCAGUGGCACACCCUCCAGCUGGUCAAGAACGGCUCGGCCACCGCGCUCCGGGUCGACGGCGCCCACCCCAAGGUCAUCCAGCACGCGACCCAGGACUUUGGGGGUCUCGGUGUCUUAACCUUGUCCCUGGGAGGGAUCCCGCCCGGACCGGCCCAGCAGAAAACUGCAGCAGGUUUCGAUGGCUGCCUGGCCUAUGUGAAGUACAAUGGAGAGAACCUGCCAUUCACAGGAGAGCACAGCCUCGUCACGCUGACCAAGACCAGCUCUUCAGUCAAGAUCGGCUGCCGGGGCCCCAACCUGUGCGAGAGCAACCCGUGCUGGGAAGGCCUGAUGUGCGUCAACCAGUGGUACACCUACCAGUGUGUCCCACCCGGCGACUGUGCCUCCAAUCCCUGCCAGAACCAUGGAAGCUGCGUGCCCGACCCCCACUCGGGCUUCACCUGCGUCUGCACUGAGUUCUACACAGGCAAGACCUGCGAGACCCUAGUGGCCUGUCUAGGCGUCCAGUGUCCACAAGGGACCAUCUGUAAGACGGCCAACAAUGGUGGUUUUGUCUGCAGCCCAAGCCCCACAGCAGAGGAGAUGGUCCUCCCUAUCUGGGCAGUGCCUGCUAUUGUUGGCAGCUGUGCCACUGUCCUUGCCCUGGUGGUGCUCAGCCUGAUCCUGUGCAACCACUGCAAGGACCGCAACAAGACCAAAGUGCCAAAGGAGCCCAAGGAGAAGAAGCCCAAGGAGAAGAAGAAGAAAAAGAAGAAGGGCAGUGAGAACGUAGCCUUCGAUGACCCAGAUAAUAUCCCACCAUAUGGAGAUGACAUGACGGUACGGAAACAACCAGAGGGGAACCCAAAACCUGACAUCAUAGAGAGGGAAAAUCCUUAUCUGAUCUAUGACGAAACCGACAUCCCGCACAACAAUGAGACCGUCCCCAGUGCUCCUUGCGCCCCCUGCAAUGUACCAGAAGCGGAUAUUGAACACUAUGACAUAGACAAUGCGAGUAGCAUCGCCCCCUCAGAUGCUGACAUCAUCCAGCACUAUAAGCAGUUCCGCAGCCACACGCCAAAGUUCUCCAUCCAGAGACACAGCCCCCUGGGCUUCGCCCGACAGUCCCCCUUACCACUCGGAGCAACGAGUUACACGUACCAGCCUCAAUACACCCAAGCAUUGAGGUCCACCCCUCUCAGCCACUCACACUCAGCCUGCCCCACCCCUAACCCUCUGUCCAGACACAGCCCAGCCCCGUUCACCAAGCCCUCCUCUUUUUAUCGCAACACCCCGACCAGAGAACUUAACCUGGCUCGACGGGAGGGCAGCCCGCUGGACCUGCACAAUGAUGUGUGCCAGCCGCCGCCCAUGUUCAACUACGCCACCCGGCUGGGGAGGCGCAGCAAGAGUCCGCAGACCAUGGCGGGCCACGGCCACACCUCCAGGCCUGGCAGUCGGCUCAAGCAGCCGAUAGAGCAGAUCCCCCUGGAGACGGGGCCUCCAGUUGGGCUCUCUAUUGAGGAAGUGGAGCGGCUGAACACGCCACGCCCACGCAACCCCAGCAUCUGCAGCGCCGACCACGGGCGCUCCAGUUCAGAAGAGGAUUGCCGCAGGCCACUAUCAAGGGUCCGCAACCCGGCCGACGGCAUCCCCGCCCCAGAGUCCUCUUCAGAGAGCGACUCACAUGACUCCUUCACAUGCUCCGAGAUGGAGUAUGACCGGGAGAAGCCUGUAUCUUAUAGCUCCCGGGUUCCCAAGCUCUCGCAAGUCAACGAGUCAGAUGCUGAUGAUGAGGACUUUGGCGGGAGGCUCAAGCAGAGGCGGUACUCGAGCCGGAGGGCAGAAGGAGGGCCUGGCACUGCCCAGUUGCCCCCUACUGACCAGCACUACACCCUGCCCCACAAACUGGGCCAGCAAGCCGGGGGCUUCAACUGGGACAAUCUGUUGAACUGGGGCCCUGGUUUUGGACAUUAUGUAGACGUGUUCAAGGACCUAGCCUUGCUUCCUGAGAACGAGGCAGCAAAAGACAUUGAAAUGAACAGUGGGGAUGGCUCGGUUACCAUUCUAAACGAAGGAGAAGCUGAACAAUAUGUAUGAGACUAUUUAUUACAAUGCUGUACAAUAUGGUGAUGUUCUCCAUAAAAAAGGAAGACUGUAUAUUUCAAGAGGACAUUGGACUAUACUUUUUUUUUUUUUUUUUUUUACUUUAUUCAAAAUUAUAAGACGACUUUCAAUGCAGUAAGGCAGAAAACGGCACCUGUAACAUGACAUGAUUUUGUCAUUAGUCCCCUUGGAAUAGUUAACCAGUCUUUUCCAGUUCCAAACUCAACUGUACAAUCGUGCAUUCAUCUCUCUGAGGCCUCAUUACAAUGUAUCCAUUGACACAGACACACAAAAAAAAGAAAAACCCAUGUCUGAAUUCAAUUUAGUGACUGUAAAGCUCCAUCCACUUUAUCUUAAUCAAACGUUUCUGUUCUUUAUUACCAAUAUUGCCUCCCCUUUACAAAACUUCUGUCACAUUCACAGCUGAAAGAUAAGAUGAUAGAUAGCGCGGAAAAACUCACAGGACGCGAAUUCCAACGGGCCAUACCGCAACAGAAAACCCUGGUCGCUGUCCUUCUAGGGGUCAAUUUCUAAUUUACUUAAAAGGAAGCAUGUGUGUUUGAUCUGACUGCACCUGUAGACGACAGGACACAGCGUACAGUGUGAAAGUGUGUGCACCCUUUUGCUCGCACGGUAAUGGAGACGCCGCCAAUGUUAUGAUCCCAGCUCAAGAGCUACUCUCUCACUCUCUCUCUCUCUCUCUCUCUCUCUCUCUCUCUCUCUGUUUCUCUCUCUCCCUGGCCUGGUGUGUUUUCUCACAGAAGACUGGCUAAACGCUCCAAGAGUGAGGAUUAAUCAAGUCCCCUGCCUUACAGACAUUUGAGGAUUUGAGUAUGGGGGAGGACUUUCCUCUUCUUUUUUUGGCCUAAAUUCAGUAGGGGAGAUGGUUUGGGGGGGGAUAGUAUAUGUCAAAAAACCAAGAUAGCAUUUUCUGACCAGCCAAGAGUUUCGGGCAAAGAUAGCAUAUGAAUCCUAUAAACAUGAUCCCAACUAAAAAAACAAAAAAACAAAAAACAAAUAAAAAAAAAAAAACUAUGAACUU